UAGCAAUAAUAUAGGUCAAACGAUUCUAUAUCUAUUCAAUUGGCCUAUCAAAAGUUGAAAAAUCUGCGCCCAUCUGCAACAAUCUGCAACAUCAAGCUGCUGCAUUUUGGAGUCACUAAUUGCGUUGUCGAGGGCAUUGUCGAGGCCCAACCAUGGAUUUAGUCAACCACUUAGAAGGCCGGUUAUUGUUUGCCGUUCCCAAGAAGGGCCGACUUAACCAGGCUACUCUUAAUCUACUAGAGGGCGCGGAUAUACAAUUUAGGCGAGAGAACAGACUUGACAUAGCAUUGGUAAAGAAUCUCCCGAUCGCUCUCAUCUUCCUCCCCGCCGCCGAUAUACCUACAUUUGUGGGAGAAGGUCAAGUCGACCUGGGAAUUACAGGAUGGGAUCAAGUGCAGGAGCACGAUGCUGGAAUUAGGGCUCUCCACCGUGCACGGCGCUUUUCCGGAGAGAUCACCCCCGAAGAAGAAACUGAGCGGAACUCUCGAGGCUCCGGAUGCGAAACCGUUAUGGACCUAGGAUUCGGAGGCUGCAAGCUACAGGUUCAGGUUCCCGAGAAAGGCAGUUAUGUCUCGCCCAAGGACCUUAUUGGAAAGAACAUUGGCACAAGUUUCGUAAAUUUGGCUCACAGGUACUUUGCCAACCUAGAAUUAGAAGAGGAUGCGGCAAAGGAUGCGACAAAUGAUGCUCCUCGUGCCGGUUUCUCCAGCAAGUUACGAACCAAGAUCAUUGAGCUAAGUGGCAGUGUUGAAGCUGCUUGCGCUCUCGGAGUAGCAGACGGGAUCGUCGAUCUAGUUGAAUCUGGAGAAACAAUGAAGGCUGCGGGGCUCAAACCAAUUGAUACCGUUAUCGAGACGACGGCAAUAUUGAUCAAGUCGCGGAAGCCCUCCAAUCCGGAGCUUGUCGAACUGAUCGCUGCCCGAAUCCGCGGCGUCAUCACUGCCCAACGAUACGUGCUGUGCCAAUAUAAUGUUGAGAGGUCUGGCCUUGUGGCUGCCACGAAGAUCGCGCCCGGGAAGCGAGCGCCAACAGUAACGUCGUUGGAAGAAGACGGAUGGGUCGCUGUCAGCGUAAUGGUCGAGAAGAAGAAAAUCGCGCCGAUAAUGGACGAGUUAUCCAAGGUUGGAGCAACGGACAUCCUAGUAUUAGAUAUCGCGAACACUAGAAGUUAGAACGUGCAAAUUCGCACACGAUAUAGGGGGUAGACAAAUACCAUUCCUGGAAAAGGUUCGGAUAGGAAAAUGGAACGCGCAAAUACUUUCUUAUAGAAGAAAUUUAGACCAAUGUCAUGGCGCCAAAAUGUGUUCAUGUUU